GUGUGUUGAGUCAUUUUCCAUGAAUAGUAAAUCUAUAUUGUGGUACAAGUUGUACACUGAUUACUCUAACCCAUAUCCAUAUUUAAUUUCUACAGUAUUGUCCCAUGAGAAGAUAUAAUGUCAUAAAAAUACUUGCUGAAACGUCACCGGUUUACUCACCUUUGUGGCAUACUGUGUAUUUAUUACGGCAUGUGUCCAGCAGAGACACAUUAUUUACAUACAUCAAAUAUAAAAUAGCACAGAUGAAGGACAGUCACGCAUAUUACAGUCCUAUUUGCAGGUCCAUGUGAAAUAGGGUGUUGUUUUGAAAACAUUUUGGUCGAUUUGUGUCAUAUAAACCUGCCCUCUUCACCCAUUCAUCUUUUAGAGUGCAUGUCAGAAGAUGUCUGGGGGGGAUACAUUGUAGUUGCCUAUACAUAUACACAUGGACUCCUAUGAACCCAGACACACUAGGUCCAGAUGCAGUUAGAUACGGAGGUGUUUAGGAUCACGGGGAGCAGAGCGGAGUGGGGCAAUUUGCAUGAGUAAGGGGUGGGAGAGCAUCAGUGGAGCAGCUUCUCUCCAAGCAGCGCACUGAGGUCCCACUCAUGCGUUCUGAGGAGUCCCGAGGUUUUGGCCAUGAUAAGCUGAAGACUUCCUGCUUUUGUGGAGGAAAAUGAGGAUGCGCAUGUGCCAAGGAGUUAGUGGCAUCAUCAUUAUCACCAUGGUUACCAGUUUGAUGUUGGUGUACAACAAAAGAUCUGGUGGUAGAUCAACGUCAUCACCAUCAUCCCGCCAUGCAGAAGGUCCUGUAUCUGCCACGGAGAAGCCAAAGAUAUCACAGAGACCCCUGGUCUCAGCAACACUAGAGGGCUACACAGGUGUCAUCGACCGCAAGACUCUGAAGAUGCACUGCAAGACAUGCGCCCUCAUCACCAGCUCCGGCCAGCUCGGCGGCGGAAAGAGGGGCAAAGAAAUCGACCACUCAGAAUGCGUCAUCCGCAUGAAUGAUGCCCCGAGCAUUGGCUAUGAGCAGGAUGUCGGCCAGCGCACUAGCCUACGCGUCGUGGCGCAUUCCAGCCUGCAGAGGGUGCUGCAGGGACAGCAGGAGUUGCUCAACGCCAGCCAAGGGACAACGUUCAUCUUCUGGGGGCCAAGCAGCUGUAUGAAGCGGGAUGGUCGAGGCCAUGUGUUCAACAUUCUGAAGAUGUUGAACCAGCAGCUGCCCAGCCUUCAAGUUUAUAUAAUUUCCAGACUCAAAAUGGUGUCGUUUGAUGAGCUUUUCAAAAAAGAGACUGGCAUUGAAAGGAAAAGCUCCAACUCCUGGCUGAGUACCGGGUGGUUCACAAUGGCCAUCGCCCUGGAGCUGUGUGACAGGGUCAACGUGUACGGUAUGGUGCCACCUGACUUCUGCAGAUCUCCCUCCCAUCGCUCGGUGCCCUAUCAUUACUACAAGCCCUUCGGCCCCACCGAGUGCCACAUGUACCUGUCCCACGAAAGAAGCCGGCAAGGGAGCCACCAUCGCUUCAUCACAGAGAAGAUGGUGUUUGCAAACUGGGCUCGGAGGCUCGACAUCCACUUUUAUCAGCCGGACUGGAAGCCUGCAGCAGCGCCAACCGCCACCAUCAGCUCAAAUAGCUCCAACACUCCAAUCCCGACUGAAUCCGGACGCUGUGAUCAGAAGUGUGGAGAACUUGUUCUGGGAUAGAAUAUCUUCUGUCAAGGCAGUUUGGCAGAACUGGAUCAUCCCAUGAGAUGUGUUCAACAAACUAAUAUAAAGUUUUGUUUUUACUGGGAUUCAGUCUUAAGAGAUGACUGCACUGUGGUUGACUUGACUUCAAAUGUGUUACACAUUUAUGUGUUUUUUUUAAACAGAGUUCUAGACUACAGAGGACAUAUUGUCCUCUUUUCUGUUUUUGGAAGUGUGCCACUUUUUAAUGACUUGAGGGAGUUUUAUACUUGGAGCUACACAGACAAUUACAUCUUUUUUAUUUAUUUUGUUUUUCUUUGUGUGAUGUGAAAAUGUCUGCUACAAUUAAAUUAAAAUUACUUAGAAAUACAAAAUUGCUGUGACUAUUUUCCCUACUCAUGUCACACGUUUGCCUGGCCAGUUGUUGCUAGGCAGAAUUCCAAUCUCCGCUACCCAGCACUGCCAUGAUGUAUCACAGAAUUCGGAAGACGGAGACCGCAGUCCAUGUGCCCAGCAGCUGCCCGUCAUGAUUGAUGGAUCAAAUGGACAGACUAGCUGACUAGUCUGUGUAAUAGACUAGACUAGUCUAUUGGAAUGCGGCUACUCGCAGUAACCCAAACAAUCUAGCUAAUCUGCCCACCCCCAGUCAAUGUCACUGCUAGAACAGAACAACUCCUCCAGAAGAUUGCAGUACCGAGACGCAUUGGAUCCUCCAUCCCUUCCUAAAAGCAUACCUGUUUAUUGUUGACUCUGUCUGGGGCCCUUUCACAGUUGUCUCCAUGGCAACUGCUGUGGUAUGGCGAUGGCAUCCUGCGGACUGAGGCACCAAGAUUGAAAUAUGGCUGCAAUUGUUGUGGCUGACUGCUGGCCUGCGCUGGAACACCUCCAAAGCCCUUUCUCCCUCCCCUGGUGAAAGUGUUCGAGUUCUUAUGUUGUAAAGUGUGCUUAUUUUUGCCUUUGUUGCCGAGGUUUUUUGCCAGUCCCACACUGUACUCCCCCAUAGGAGCAUACUGUAGUUUGGAGUUGUUGUUUUUUUCCCCGACCCCUCUCCACUUGUUCUUCCCUUUCCUCUCCCGCUUUUAUCGUCCAGUCAUCCUGUCCUGUCUACCUCCCUGUCAUAUUGUAUGGUAUGUUGUAUAUGUACGGAUGGGUGAUGGCACAAUUUCGCUUGUACCUCUG